UGGUCCAGCAGCUGUAGCAUCGGUACAUAUCACUUGACAGUCCCUGAUGACAAGUAAUGGAAUUACCCCUAAUAUGGGUCAGGGGUCAACUUCUUGCCAAAGUUCAAAUGACCGAAGAUUGCAUACCGGUCAAGAGACUGAUGAACUAAAGUUGCAUGAAGGCCUGCGGUCCGAAGAACAAGACUUUCGUGAAAGUCAGAAGUCAGAUGAAUCAGAGUCACAAUCUAGUCCAGGGUCAGAGGAAUCAGAGUUGAACCCAAGUCAAUUGCCAAGGUCAGGGCAGUUAAGUUCACAAAGAAAUCAGAGGUCAGAGUCGGAGACAGGACAGGAAGAAGUUAUGGCUGACUCAUCAGUAUCAGAAGAAGAGAAAGUGAGUGAUUCAGGCCUUGGUGAUGUUGAACAAUCCAUUCAGUCUUGCAAUACAUUUAGUGUAUCACCCUUGAUGUCUUGUGAAUUGCCUUCCCUUGAAAUAUCCAACGAACUUUCUGUGUUUGUUUCAUCCAAUGAAUCAACAACAUCUGUAUCUUCAAGUACUACAUGUACAGAAUCUGUCAGUAGCUCCAGUUUGUCCAAUGUAACAAUUGAAUCAGUAAAAUGUUUGAAGGAUAGAGAUAUAGAUAUAACUGAUCCAAAGCUUCUCAAACACAUUGAUCUACUUCUUCGUGAUCUGAAACAGUCUGCAAACAACCCUUUGAAGAAAAUCCAGGUUUUGGAUGAUAUCAUCCAUGCAGAAUUUAUUGUUGUUUGUGAAAGACUCUUCAAGCAUCUUGUUGACACAGACAUUUCUGUGAUGGUUCCAGGGUCAUCAUGGUUACAACUGAAGAAACUUGUGUCUGUAUUGUGGAUUCUGAGCGAUGGCAGUAUCACACUCUGUGAGCAGCUGGUAUGCUCCCAUUGUGCUCUUACAAUAAUGGCUGACCUUCUUAAGAGACUUUCUGAACCACUUGACUUUGAAAAGAACAAUGUUGCUAAGUAUCUUGUCAAGGCUCUUCUUGGCAUUUUCCAUAAUGUGAGUAGGCAUUUAUGUGACACAAAUGUACGUGACAAUUUUCGGGAAGCAGAAGUUAUGACAAGUCUUAAAAUCCUAUCACUGAGCAGAACACCUAUGGUACAGGCAAAGGCACUCUUUGUCAUGUCUUACAUCAUCGAUGAGUCAGAAAUUGUAAUAUUGAGUGUCGACGACAAUGUACUAAAAUUCAUCGUCCAAGUCUUGAAUGACGCAUAUCAAUCCAAAACCCAUUUCUCCUCUAAAUAUGGAAUGAAUGUUGAAGAGACAAUUCAUGGUCUCAAUAAUUUGGCCAUAAAUGACAAAAAUAAAGUUUCAAUAUUCAAAUUUGGUGUCUUAAAGAUAUAUGUUAGUCUCAUUUUGGAAUAUACCAACCCAGAUGAAGUGUUUCAAGCUGUCAGUGGAAUUUGGAGGCUAGCAUUCCACAAAGGAAACUGUGCAGGCAUCAGGUCACAUCCACAAUGCAUAGAAGCAUUGAUGUCACUACAAGGCUCCAACAAUGAAGUAAUUCGACAUGCAGCCAGAGGUGCAUUGUGGGAACUGCGGGAAAUUCCAGAAUUGCAACUAAGACCAGAUUUAGCUUGCUUGGUUGUGCAGUGUCCUCAUGUAAUGAUUAGUUAUCAGUGGGACAGCCAGACACUAGCGCUACGUCUCAAAGAUGUGUUGAAACAUGCUGGCUACAAAGUGUGGAUGGAUGUUGAACACAUGA